GUCAGCUGGAAGGCGUGUGAGUGAGUGAGGGGCUGAGGUACCGCCCGCGAGAGCGCGCGCACACACACACAGGCGCACACACACGCGCACUCACACACACACACACAUCUUCCAGACCCAUCCCUUGCCCGCCAGCUCCACGCGCCAGAGGGAGGCAGAGCGAGGACGCCGCAGGAGGCAGUGCCUGGACCCCGGCUGCCCAGGAGAGGUGAGGGGCUGAAUGGGGGCUGUGCUGGAAACUGUGGCUUUGGCCAGGCCGAAGGAGAGAGACGGAGCCCGUGGCUGGUGAGGCCGCAGAGCAGGGCCAGGCCGGGCCCUGCCCGCAAGGACGCCCGAACCCCUCACCGGCCUCUGGGCCCCAGAGCCCACCAGGUUCUCCUGCUGGCCCCACCAUGACUUCGGAGUCCACAUCACCCCCAGUUGUGCCCCCGCUCCACUCCCCCAAGUCCCCAGUCUGGCCCACCUUCCCCUUCCACCGGGAGGGCAGCAGGGUCUGGGAGCGGGGUGGUGUCUCACCUAGGGACCUACCCAGCCCUCUGCCCACCAAGCGGACCAGGACCUAUUCAGCGACAGCCCGUGCCUCAGCUGGCCCCGUGUUCAAGGGUGUUUGUAAGCAGUUCUCACGCGCUCAGGGCCAUGGCUUCAUCACCCCCGAGAACGGGUCCGAGGACAUCUUUGUGCACGUGUCUGACAUCGAGGGGGAGUACGUGCCGGUGGAGGGCGACGAGGUGACCUACAAGAUGUGCCCCAUCCCACCCAAGAACCAGAAGUUCCAGGCCGUGGAGGUGGUGCUCACUCAGCUGGCCCCCCACACUCCACAUGAGACGUGGUCUGGCCAGGUCGUGGGCUCCUAGGCUGGGUGGCUCACAGGCCAGCUGGCCAGGGGGUGGGGAGCCACACAGGGUGAAUGGGCAGCAGCCGGCUCCAUGCCCCCUUGUCCCAGCUGAUCAGUCCUUCAGUGGCCUCAGUGUGCACAUCUGUCUGUCUGUCUGUCUGUCUGUGCUUGUGGCUGUGAGCGUGUGCCUCCACCCACCCCAUGACCCGUGACUGCUGUGUGAGCUGGCCAGGAGAUGGGUGGAGGGUGAGGCCACCAGACCUGGCUUCUCGCUGUCCACUGCCUCUCUCUUCCCCUCCCUGCCUCAGACAUGCAGGACCCACUUGCCCUCCUGCCUACUCGUCCCCGUGGUGACUGAACCACGAGAGCCUUGCUCCCUUGGCCUCUGCCCCUGAGCCAUCCAGUGUCAGUCCCUGGCCUGGGGCCAGGCUCUCUGUGCUAUUCAUGUCUCCCUCCCUGGGCUGAGGUCCCUCACCACGGCCUGGACCCUCCCUCAGGAGCCUGGCCGGUGGGUGCUUUUGGGGAGCCUCCCAGCCUCUGGCAGGGGAAGAGGCAGACACGGAGGCGUGUGGCCCUCUCACUGCUGAGGCCAGCCUUCCUUCCUGCUCUCCUCUCUCAGUGCACUGGAGAGGCAGGAAGAGGGGCCUGAGGGAGGAAGGGGUUUGGGACUCCCAUUUUGCUGGCCAGUCCCUCCUCCUCAGCCUGGCAGUGGCUCUGGGCUCCUCCCCCUGGGCUGUGCUGAGUUGAGCCCAGGAGUCUGCAGAGGGCAGGGGUCCAUCUCUGCAGCUUGGCUGCAGUCCUCCUUUCCCCUGACUCACAAGCCCCACUGAUGCUCUGGGUCACGCCCGGCUGACGGUUGCUGAGGGCGCCACGAUGAUGGAUGAACACACGUCCAUCAGGCAGGGCCAGGCCCGGGCACCCAUGAGGAGGGCCUUGGAGACAGGCCCUGUGGCCCCCACAUCAGCCCUUCUUCCCAAGGCCCUGAUAGACCAGCGGCUCAGGUGUGGCUCUUACCGCAUUCAUCCCUAAAGAUGUACAGCUGUUGCUGUCACCUGGAGUCCUUUUGGGGCCAAGAUGUGUGUGCACCCAAGCUGGUGGGCAUUCACUCCCAAGCAGGGGUAAGGGUAGCCUGGCCAAGGAGGGCCCUGUCUGCCUCCACCUCUGGGCACACCCCUGCCCACCACCCUCCCUUCUAGAAAGCACAUCGCCUGACGGGGGGAAGUGGGGCCGUGGUUCAAGGGAGAGCAGGCCAGGGUGAGUAACACUGGGGGCUCAAAUGCCCAAGAUGAGGGGAUCAGUGACUGUUUAGGAGGAUCCCUGGCCUUGUAGGUACCCCAAGACUCUAGGGUAGACAUCAGCCGGGGUGCCUGCAUCCUGCCCCUGCCCCCAGGGGCACAAAAUCUGGGAGCCCAGAGCUGCAGAGGUGUGCUGGUCAUCCCCCUAAAAUAGGCAUGGACCAACCUGUCCCAUGAGGAACAAGGGCCCCUGGCCCCCUUGAGAGACGGCUUGUUGGUGGGGGUUGACUCCUCACCAACAAGGAGCCCUGAGGCUCCCCUCCUGUGGAGAAGCUGCCUUUUAAGGCACCACUAGCAGUCAGAAUAUGGUGGCAUCAGCCCUGGGGCCACCUGGGUGGCAGGGGGCAGCAGCUCUCAUCCCCACUCACAGGCCCUGCAGCGCCCCAUAUGGAAUUCCUCCCAAGACCCCUGGCCACCUGGAUCCCCAUUCUUCCUAACACUGGCAAUAAACCCUCAACUGUGA